AAGUAAAUUGUAUUUUUUCCUUAAAAAUGUGUCAAAUAUUUAAUUUUCUCUUUUUUCUUUGUCAUUUUACUCUAACUUCUUCUAAACAGCUAUAUUCCUUCGUCUUUGAUCUGAUUAAUAGCAACAGAAUGUUGAUCCUGUUCUUAAUAAUCUUUGGUAACAACUAUAUGGCACUAGAUUUUUACCAAUAUUCUCAAUAUUCUGAUAGUCUUUAAGUUGCUUAUUAACUUGAAUUUACGUAAGUACCCGAUCCAACGUACAACGAUAUAUAACAGGUAGAAGCAUACGCGAAGGUGGGUCGGUCACCUGGAGAUAACUGUAAAAUGUCAUCAACGAAUGUGUGUCAGGCAUGGAUUUGAUGCUGCUUGGUGACACUCAUGGGAUCUGUUGUCACAAUAAUUAUGUUUCAUCGAUGUUAAUUUGAUCGGGGAAUAAAUAGCUACCUUGGUACAGAAUCUUCCGUUGAUUAAUUUAAACGUAUAAAACAGUUAAUAUGGAGGGACCAGAAGUAACAUUUUUAUUUCAGUUUGGUUUAACUCGUGAUACUGUUACAGUUGAAAGCAGCACAUUGACUCUCAAGACACUUAAAGAAUUUGCUUGUGACUUUAUAAAUACAAAGUGUCCAGAACAUGGGUUAAAUCAUUUAUUUGAGCGAUUGCUUUUAUUUAAACAUGAUUAUAAUUCCACUAAUAUCUUACAACUUAUUACAAAUGCCACUGAAGUUGUAGAUGAAACAUUAGUGGAAAUUGUUCUGACUGCACAAGUGCCAAAUGAAGAAAUUCCCAUUCGUCCCCAUGCUUUAACUGUUCAUUCAUAUAAAGUUCCAACAUUUUGUGAUUUUUGUGGAGAAAUGUUAUUUGGCCUUGUUCGACAAGGAUUAAAAUGUGAAGGUUGUGGAAUGAAUUAUCAUAAAAGAUGUGUUAUAAAAGUACCUAAUAAUUGCUCACAUGAUGCCAGUCAAAGACGGCGUAGUUCUGCAAUGUUAAAUGUACCAAGGUCUCCAAGUCAAGGAUCUACUAGUAGUUUGACCAGCAUUAGUGAUGAUAAUCAUAGUACAAAUAAUACACCGAAUGCAAGUCAAAAUAAUAGUACUUUGACAAUACCGAGUAUAAUGACACCAAAACAGUCUCGCUCUCCUUCAUUGGGAGGAAGACCAGUAUGGGUUGAACGAGAACUUGCAACACGUAUAAAAAUUCCACAUACAUUUGUGGUACAUACUUAUACCAGACCAACUGUAUGUGGAUAUUGUAAAAAAUUAUUACGAGGUUUAUUUAAACAAGGCCUACAGUGCAAAGAUUGUCAAUAUAAUGCACACAAGAAAUGUAUAGAAAAAAUACCUAAAGACUGUACUGGAGAAAAUCCACGUGACAAUACAGGUAACGAAUAUCCCGAUAGUGGUGUCGGUAGUGAGCCGGAGGGAAAAUGUGACGGUAGAAACGAAGAAGGCGAUGGUGAUAGCGAUGCUGAAUCUCCUUCACCUCCUCAACAUUCGUCUUUUGUAGUAGAUGAAACAAAAGGAUCUGACGAAUACACUGACCAAGUUCCAAGCAAUGAUGACAUUAUUUAUGAUGAAUUUCAGAAAUCUAGACCAUCAAGUUGCAGUUCUACACCAAGCAAUAAUAUUCCUUUAAUGCGCAUAGUGCAGAGUGUUAAACAUACAAAACGACGUGGUUCGAAAGUUUUAAAAGAGGGCUGGAUGGUACACUUUACAAAUCGUGAUCCAUUGCGGAAGAAACAUUAUUGGCGUCUUGAUACAAAAGCUAUAACGUUAUUUCAAAAUGAAAAUAGCUCCAAAUAUUAUAAAGAAAUUCCAUUAGUUGAAAUAUUGUCUAUUGAAACUGCUGAGACAUCCCGUUCACACACAAUGCAUUGCUUUGAGUUAAAAACUGCCAAUAUUGAUUAUUAUGUUGGAGAAGAUCCUUCAUAUGGAGAUAACUGUAGCCAAGUUCCUCCAUCAGAAAGUGGUAUUGGAGCACAUAUAGCUAGGUCAUGGGAAACUGGUAUUAGACAAGCAUUGAUGCCUGUAACUAUAUCAGCCAGUCAAGAAGAAUCUACAGAACCUGAAGAAAAUAUCACUGAUAUGUCUCAAUUAUAUGAGAUUUUUCCAGAUGAAGUUCUAGGUUCUGGACAAUUUGGUACAGUGUAUGGAGGUGUUCAUCGUAAAAGUGGUCGAGCAGUUGCCAUCAAAGUUAUUGAUAAAUUACGUUUUCCUACAAAGCAAGAAGCACAACUUAAAAAUGAGGUCGCUAUUUUGCAGAAUCUUUCGCAUAGCGGAGUUGUUAAUCUAGAACGAAUGUUUGAAACUCCUGAGCGAAUAUUUGUAGUGAUGGAAAAAUUAAAAGGCGAUAUGCUAGAAAUGAUACUAAGUUCAGAACGUGGCCGUCUUAGCGAAAGAGUAACUAAAUUCCUAAUUACACAGAUAUUAAUAGCAUUAAAACAUCUACAUAGCAAGAAUAUAGUACAUUGUGAUUUAAAACCUGAAAACGUAUUGUUAAGCAGCGAUAGCGAAUUUACACAAGUAAAACUAUGUGACUUUGGUUUUGCAAGAAUCAUAGGAGAAAAAAGUUUCAGAAGAAGUGUUGUUGGUACCCCAGCAUAUCUAGCACCAGAAGUUUUAAGAAACAAAGGUUAUAAUCGUUCUUUAGAUAUGUGGAGUGUUGGUGUAAUUAUUUACGUGUCUCUAAGUGGCACAUUUCCAUUCAAUGAAGAAGAAGAUAUUAAUGAACAAAUUCAAAAUGCUGCUUUCAUGUAUCCACCUAUUCCUUGGCAGGAAAUUUCAUCUGAUGCAAUUGAUUUAAUUAAUAAUUUGUUACAAGUGAAACAAAGAAAACGUUAUACUGUAGAUAAGAGUUUACAACACGUAUGGCUCCAGGAUUAUCAAACAUGGUGUGAUUUACGAGAAUUAGAAACAAAAGUAGGAUAUCGCUAUUUAACUCACGAAAGUGAUGAUGCCCGGUGGUCAGCAUACAGUAAUCAGCGUACAUGACAGAACUCUUUGCCUACGUUAAACAUCGAAACAUUGCCAAAUAACUUGUCUAUACACAAAGGCUGGGCUCGUAGUGCUCGAGCUACGUUACGACGUUUCAUUCGUGCCUGACUUGGAUACAUUCAUGAAAGGGAGUACAACUAUAUUUCGUUUUAAAUAUCAGUAAACUGAUAUUAAAUAUAACUUUAUUAUAUAUCUUCCAAAACAUUUUACGUAAAAGCUAAGAAUAAUUAUAUAGAAAAUGACUUAGACUGCAUCGUGUAAGAUAAAACAUUCAAACAUAGAGAAAACAACAGCAAUGUUUUUAUGAGAAUUCUAGAGGAAUUUUAAUAAUAAAUUUGAAUAUGUUUCAAUAUUGUAAAGUACUAGAUAUGAAAAUUUUCCAUAGCUGGUAAAAUAUAAAAGAUUCUCUAAAAAAUAAUAUAUAUAAUGUUAUCAUAAUAUCUUAAACAAUUAUUUAUCUUAUGAUAAGGUAAAUAAUUGUCUCAUACAGUUUUAUUAAUGUAACACACUGAAUACAUAAUACCAUUUUACAAGUAAUAUAUAAGUGCUAACUUCGUAAUAUAAAUAUAUUUUCCAGCUUAAAAUAGAAUGUUUUAUAACUGCACAAAAGAUGCUUAAAAUAGAGUAAUUAGAUAUGAAAUAAUACAAGCAGUAUAUAUAAGUUAUAGAACACACGUAUAUUUCAUAUACAUAAAUCUUUUGACAUUCUUUGAAGUAUGAUGGAGAGGAAGGAGAGAAAAAAAGAAAGAUGAAUAGAUAGAUAGAUAGAUAGAUAGAUAGAUAGAUAGAUAGAGAGAGAGAGAGAGAGAGAGAGAGAGAGAGAGAAUGAGUUAAGAAUAUUAUUAUAUUACUUCUUAAGAACUCAUAGAAUUUUUUAUGAAUUAAAUUAAUAUAAACGCGACAUUGUGCUACAUAUAAUAAAUUUACUAAUUCGUAUUUUUGCUUCAAAGCAUCUAAAUUUAAACAUUAGAAGCUUUAAUAUUUAUAAUUCGUAUCAAACCUUUCGAGAACUAAUAUAAAAAACCUAAAAAUGAUCAAGACAUGCAUAAAGUGAUAAAAAGUAAGAUUAUUGCAAAUGUAGUCUCCAUUUUUGAUCUUACAUGUAUUAAAAUUUGUAUAGGUCUUCUUCUCUAUUAAUCAUAAAGACAAGAAAAAAUUUACAAUUAAAUAAGUACAUUCCAAAUAAUUUGAAAUUUAUGAUACAUAUUCUGAAACAUUUUCUAAAUAAUAUUAUAAUAAUAAUUAUUAUUGUGAUAAAUUUCAUACUAGAAAGUAGUGAACAAAAUUUUUUAGAACCAAUCGAUAAUUAACAUAUACAUAAUAGAGAAAAUUGUAAAUUCCAAGUUUUUAAUAUAUUUAUUAUUUUAUUUUAUUAGUAUACAAAGUUGUUUUAUAUUGUUCAUUGUUUCAUUGAAAGUAAAGUACAUUCCAAAUAGAAAGAGAUCUAAAUUAUAUACAUACAUCUUUUUCGUUUUCAAGUACUGUGUUCAUUCCGUUUUUAUUUCAUACAUGAUCAACAUAAAAAAUGUAUAAUUUUUAAAAAGUAAUCAAUUCAAGUAGAUAUAGAUUUAUUAUAAAUUUUAAAUAUUCAUUUUGUAGUGGUAUAUUAUUCAUUACAUUACUAAUACAACAACUUUCUUUUUUAUUAUUCUUUAUCAUAAUAUUUCUGCAAUUUUUCCAAUCAUUAAUAACAAUAUAGUAAUAAAAAGAGCAUGAUGAAGAAUUAGAUAAGAAAUCAUCAAAAGAAAUCAUAAAAGAAAUAAUUUUCUUUAACUCUAGAAAUCAAAUGCGAAGAAAUGUAAUCUCUUAUUUCUUAGUCAAAUAUUUUGUGAAGACUGAGUUGCUUUUGGAUAAAGAUAUUUGAAAUUUUUCUAAAAAUGUUGUCUUUACUCGAUGUUGCAUUAAUAUCUUAAAUGAAAUGUUAUUAUAUAUAAAAUAUUAUAUUUAAGCGAACCAUUUUUUACAGUACUUUUAUAUUACAUUUUAUUAUGAUAUAAUAUAUAAAUAUUACCUUAAUUAUAUGUUAGUUAAUUAACAGAAUCUCAUAUGUAUAAUUUAUUUGCAAAAUACUUAAUUAUUUUAUAUUUCAAGUUAUAUUGUUCUAUAUUAAUAUAACAUUAAAUGCAUUAUUGUACAUGAUAUAUGGCCUAUAUUUCUGAAAAUUUAUUUAAAAAUCACUUUAAUUACGCAAUGAGUAGAAUAUGUUUAUUGCUAUGUCCAUCUUUUUAUUAUAAAACAUUUAUUAUAAUUUUACUAAAAUACUACACUGAAGUAGUCAAUAUUGAAAUAAUGAAUCUAGAUCUAGAUAUAAACACAGCAGUUAUUAUAAUCUUAAUUAGAUACAAAGAUUUGUGCAAUAUCAAUAGAUGUUGCUAUACCUAAAACAAUCUGUAUAUGAUUUGUUAGAUUGGUAAUUGUUUCAUACAUAAUAUCAUGUAUUUAUAAUACGUUUCUAAAUUAAUUGUUUGUACAUAUUAAAUCUAUUUAAAAUUUUUUAUUACUUAAAGGAUAAGUUUAUAAAAAUAUUAAAUUUUAUAAUAACUAACAACUUGUAUUUUGUUCAAGCUAUGUUUAUAAUAUUAUUUACAAUUAUAUAAUUAACAAACAAAAGUACUUAAAAGACAGCAACAUUAUAAUAAAUAGAUUUUAAGAAAAAUUAACAAAUUUCCAUAAAAAAGUAUAAAAUGUUAAGUCAUUAUUGUACUUACCAUGAUAAUGAGAAUAAAUAAAUUAUUAAUGGUAACAGA